GGAGAGAGAGAGAGAGAGAGAGAGAGAGAGAGAGAGAAGAGGAAGAAGGGAUGGGAGCAAUAACAAGUGCAGUGAUAGCAGUGGUAGCGGUUCUUCUAGGUUGGAUCACCAUCGAGAUCGCAUGUAAACCUUGUCUCCAACAAGGUCGUGAAGCCAUCGAUCGCAACCUCAAUCCAGAUUAUGAUCCCGACGACGACGACGUUCGAGCACCACUAAACCCUCAUCCCUCCCCCGCCCCCUCCGCCUCCUCCACCACCGUUAAAUCCGUUUGAAAACCUAUCAACCCCUCUAUGGUAUUCACUUUUUAUCUUCAACAACAACAAAAAUGAUUUUUUUUGUAUUUUGCUUAUUGUAUAAUGUAUUUGAUUUGAGAAUAGUAUUUUCAAUGCUUGCUUAACUAGCAUAUCUAUUGUUUUGCUUCACAAAUUCCUCUCUAAUUGUCAAUGUAUAAUAAUAAUAAUUAAAUUCAAUAGUUUUUUUUUUCGUUUUGGAAAUAAAAGUGUUUCUUUCAAUAGGGAUUGAAUAAAUUGUGCAAGCAACCGACAAAAUGAAAAGUUGUAUAAUAAUAGAGUGAUCGAUAAUGUAAUGUUGGGGAUUUUUGCUUUUA